AGUGCCAUCUAUUCCAUUUACUAGUUCUCGUUUUUGCUACUGUCUUAGGGUUUCGAAACAGGAUUUUUGUAAUCCCCUUAGGUAAGGUAAGAUGGCGAAGAAGAAAGAGAGAUCCGUAAAUGUAUCUGGAAAGCCAAAGCAUUCGCUGGAUGCUAACAGAGAUGGGAAUGGAAACAAAAACAAAGGCAGUCGCAGCGCCGCCACUGUGCGGAGGCUUAAGAUGUACAAUACGAGGCCCAAACGUGACAGUAAAGGGAAGGUUCUUAAGCACGACUUGCAAUCCCAGGAGUUGCCAUCAACUCGAAUCCAACCCGAUCGCCGCUGGUUUGGCAAUACUCGAGUUGUAAAUCAGAAAGAGCUUGAAUUUUUUCGUGACGAACUACAAAAUAGACUCUCAAGUAACUACAAUGUCAUUUUGAAGGACAGGAAACUGCCCAUGUCCCUUUUAAAUGAUCACCAGAAGCAAGCAAGAGUUCAUCUUCUUGAUACAGAGCCUUUUGCGGAUGCAUUUGGACCUAAGUCAAAGAGAAAGCGUCCAAAGCUGAUGAUUUCAGAUUAUGAGUCAUUAGCUAAGAAGGCUGAUGGUUCACAAGAUGCCUUUGAGGAGAAUUAUGGUGCUACUACAUCCGUAGAAGGAAAUGAAGGAGACGGAUUCAGGGACUUGGUUCGGCAUACAAUGUUUGAGAAAGGUCAAAGUAAACGCAUAUGGGGUGAGCUCUACAAAGUGAUAGACUCAUCAGAUGUUGUUGUCCAGGUUUUGGAUGCUAGAGACCCACAAGGUACAAGAUGCUAUCAUUUGGAGAAGCAUUUGAAAGAGCAUUGCAAGCAUAAACACAUGAUCCUCUUGUUAAACAAGUGUGAUUUGAUCCCUGCUUGGGCAACAAAGGGUUGGCUUAGAGUGCUGUCCAAGGAAUAUCCUGCUCUUGCAUUCCAUGCAAGCGUCAACAAGUCCUUUGGGAAGGGAUCUCUUCUAUCAGUAUUGAGACAAUUUGCCCGCUUAAAAAGUGACAAGCAAGCAAUAUCUGUGGGAUUUGUUGGGUAUCCCAAUGUGGGAAAGUCAUCAGUAAUCAACACACUACGUACCAAGAAUGUUUGCAAGGUUGCUCCUAUUCCAGGAGAGACUAAAGUGUGGCAAUAUAUAACACUAACGAAGAGGAUUUUUUUGAUCGACUGCCCUGGAGUUGUUUACCAGAACAGAGACUCUGAAACAGAUAUUGUACUGAAGGGUGUGGUACGUGUCACAAAUUUGCAUGAUGCUACUGAGCACAUUGGAGAAGUUUUGAAACGUGUGAAGAAGGAGCACCUGGAAAGGGCAUAUAAGAUAAAAGACUGGGAUGAUGAUAAUGACUUUCUUGUUCAGCUAUGCAAAUUAAGUGGAAAACUUUUGAGGGGCGGUGAACCUGACUUGAUGACUGUAGCAAAGAUGGUCCUCCAUGAUUGGCAGAGGGGUAAGAUACCUUUCUUUGUUCCACCCCCGCGGCAAGAAGAGGAUUCUUUGGAGGAAUCCGAUAAAUCUGGUUUACCGAAAGACACGGAGUUGACUGAUAAUCAGGCAUCAACAGCUAUAAGAGCCAUUGCGGAUGUUGUCUCAUCCCAACAGCAGAUAGAUGUUCCAGUUCAAAAGGAUCUCUUCAGCGAGAACGAGUUAAGAGGUGAGACUUUUGAGCAGCUUCCUGCCAGUGAUUCCUAAGUUUUUCUUUUUUUCAAGAGAGAGAGAGAGUACUUGUGUAAGUUUUUGUUUGUUUCUUUUCUCUAAGAGAGAGAGAGAGAGAGAGAGAACUCGUAAGUUUUUGUUUCUUUUUCAGAGAGAGAGAGGGAACUUGUUCCUUUGCACAAUAACCCCAAAGAUAUGUCAUGACCUUGUAUUUCUUCUGCUCAAACUAGCCCAGAAUUUUAUUCGUUAUUUCAAUUUCACCAUCA